AUGGAUACAAUCGCCGCCGGGCACCGAGCCUUGAGUGGGAACACAGUCAAGAGAUACUCGAUCCCUCGAAAACCAAUCGCGAAGACGGUCGUACCGACUGCCGAGGAGUUGGCCGUCUUUGCCCAGUCGACACACGGCCUGACCAUCGACACACACUCGAGACCGCCGACGAGGGAGUACGGAACAGGCGACGAGGAGCAGUUCACUGUCCUUCGCCAAGCAUCGCCAAAAGAAUCGCCGGCGAGUCCGUCUCGACAGAACAGCGAGACGCUGCCCGAGACGAAAUACGAUGAGCCGAGGACUCGUGCCGUUAGCGUCAGCGAUGGAAACGGAGCCGAGAAGGGCAAACUUCACCGCAGUGUAACCUGGAGACCCAAAUGGCUGCGACCUCAGUCUGUCGGUACAUUUGCCGUCUUCUUCCUCCUCAUGACGGCAGGCCUGGUGUUCAUGAUGCAGUAUAGCAAUCAACAUGAUGGCCUCGUCAAGACUCAGGCGAAUUUGGUCUACGUCUGGCGAAUCGGGCCCGUUGCAGCUAUCGCCCUUCUUGCCGUUUUAUGGGCACGAGUGGAACUCCAGGCUAUGCGGUAUAUGCCGUGGAUUGCAAUGCGCCAAAACAUGCCCCUGGGCAAAGACGGCUACGCGCUCGACUACACAGCGAUGUCGGCAUUCGUGGCCCUGAUUCAGUCUCUGCAGCACAAACACUAUCUUGUGUUUCUGGCCACGACGAUUGGUUUUAUUCUCAAAGCCCAAAUCAUCAUGGCACCCGCGCUGUAUGGGCUCACGACGGUUGAGAUACCAAGCAACAUCACCACGGAUGUCCUCGACUCCUUCAACGUGGGCUAUCUAGAUGACACUGACGACACCACACCUUACUAUGCGGCUCGAGCGAUGAAGGAUUUCGACAUGCUGUAUCCCUUUGGGGUCAGCAAAACAGCCGCGUACCAGACAUUCCGGGAAGUGAACGGUACUGCCAGAGGAACCUCUGAGUCACCAAUGACGGCUAUUGUGGAUGCCUUUUUCUCGGACAUGCAGUGCUUGAAGAUGCAGAGCCACUCAACAUGGAGCACAACCUACAGCGAAGGGAAAGAUGGAGAUAUCGUCACCACCGUUGGUGUGAAUCUCACGUUCGAAGGCUGCGAUGCUGAGAUACCGGUCAUCAACUACGAGGUUCCGCAGCCAAGCAUCCACAGUGGUCGCUCUUGGGAGGCCUGGGGCACCGUAAAUGAGACUCUUUCUCCCAGGCGACCGUGCCGCAACCUGCCCGACCAAACUCCGCAGUUCGUCUUCUGGAUGGGUCGCUUCGAUAGAUCGGCGACCAACUCCUCAAGGAUGUACCUCACUGACGGCGCUGCCGUGCUGUGCUCGCCGACUGCGUGGUUAUCGAAAGUCGAGGUCGUGGACGACGGUAUCAUACCAAAGAUCACCGUGCUAGAAGACCAGCCAAAGACUAUCGUCGCGGCAGACACGUGGAAGCUGCUCUACAAGUCGAUCCCAGAAAACAUGGGAGGACAUUUUGUGCCCGACACAUACAAAACGAACACGGUCGGACCCCUCAAAGCCAAUCAAUUAUUCUGGGGCAAUGACUACGACUCAGGAGACGCCAGCUUGAUCACCACGGACAACUUAUACGACUCUGUAAAGAACCUGACGCAGACGCUAGGUCCCUUCUUGGGGCACUAUCUUCUUCGAGAACCCGACAAUUUCAAGCAUAAUGGGGCUUUCCUGGAGAGCACUGACAAGUUGAUUGUCAACCAAUUGGUGUGCGUGGUCAUGAUCGUACUAUCCGCGCUGAGUACUUGCAUCGCCUUCUUGGUUGCCAUACGCUUCAGGCGUCGCACGGCUGUCUGGCAUCGAGACCCCGCAACUAUGGUGGGCAAUCUCAUCUUCUUCCGUGAUCAUCCAAAAUUCGUCGAAGGCGUUGAAUCCUCGGCGCUUAUCGACAUCUCAGCUGUAUGGAGACGGUGCAGAUUCACUCCGACGGCUCUCAGGCUUUGGAUUCGGGCGCCCUUCGUCAUCUUCGUCGCCAUCCUUGCAGCCGGUCUCAUCUACACACUGCGUCUGUCCGAAACAUCUAACGGAUUCGUCGAUGUGAAUGAAGACGGCUACUGGCAUCUCCUUUGGACUUCGCUACCAGCUACAGUCGCUCUUAUCGUUUCUGGAUAUGUUAGCUCAUGCGAUCAUAUUUAUCGAAACCUCGCACUCCUUUCAUGUCUGUCUUCUCGACCAUGCAGCGUGGAGGAGGUCGACUGCUCCUUACUCGACAUGCUUGGAGUCCGGGCACUUUACCACUCUUUCCGUCGUCGCAUCUGGGCAUUGACACUUGCGCAGACCCUGGCUAUUAUUUGCGGUUUUUUGACAACUCUGCUUGCCGUCCUCUUCACUGUAGAGACGGUGCCAGAGCAGACGAACCUCCAACUGACGCAGCAAACCUGGUUCGGAACUCAACCGGGCGCAGCGGAUAACAACAGCGCUCAGUACUCUGUCACCAGGAUGGCCUUGGCUGGUCUUAUGAGCCGAGCGGAGGGGACCAACUUCAGCUCCUCUCGCAACACCUUUGGCGAUCUUGUAUUUCCAAUUCUUGGCGGUCUGGACGGUAUUGAAGAUGCGCAGAACAAGACGCUGAAAAUGACCUUUCCAGCCGCGCAAACUCAGUCAAACUGCGAGAAGCUGCCCGACGACCAAUACUCUUUCAUCUUGAAGAACAACAUGACAGAAAGCGGGCUGGAUUACUAUCAGACAACGGUGACUGAGCCCUUUACCUGCAGCAAUUCCAAGCAGACAAGCGCCAACAUGACAAAUGUUUUCAACCUGAUGUCCGACGCGGGAAUUGUCGGCGAUUACUUCGCUGGGAUCAUGAGGUCCCACGAGAACCUCCGAGAGACAAUCGGUGUCUGCAACCUUCGAGCGGAAAGCGGCUUCACGGAUGAACAGUACUUUCCCGUCAGGACGCAUACGUACUAUUGGGGCAAGUACUCGGCGAUGAUAAAAGGGUUCGAGUUCCUGGAGAUCUGGAAAUGCAACUACACCGUCGCCAAAGUCGACACCGAGGUGAACUUGAUCAACGUAGAUGGGGAGUUCAUCAUCGACGCGGAUAACCCGCCAAUCACCGACCCUUCUACCAUGAGGACCUGGGAUCCCCCGAUCGAUCUUCCUUUGGAGGCGGGACUAAGCCGGGUGGAACUUAACGAUACCCUGGCGGACGUGAUGAAAAACGAAAUACAAUCAUACGUCAAGCCAUGGGCAGGGGAUUUGGAGGUGGGAGAGCUUUUAAGGCGCCUGAAUCACAAGUACAGCUUUAUCCAGGGCCAGCUAUUGAACGUCGAGGGCCGUCUGGGGCUUGCUGAAGACUCGACAUCGUCUGGCGCGCCAGGAGCCCUCCCGGACAUUGACGCCGUCGUCAUCGACACAGGUCGACGUCGACUGAAGCAGAGUCCUAUGAUCACAUACAUCAUCGUCGCGAUCCUGUGCUUGGCAGGCGUCGUCAACUUUGCUGCCAUUCUCUUCAAAUCUCGGGAGAGUGUGUUUAACAUGGGCACCAGGGGCUUAGCGCCCGAGGGCUUCAGUAGCAUCGAGAGCAUGGUCGGUCUCCUGAGGGGAUCCAACGCCGCGGACCACCUACCGUCGGGGACGCACAUGCUUUUGAAGGAGGAGCUCCACGGGCACAUGUCUAAUGUAAGUUUUCAGAUGGGAUGGUUCCAGAAGCGGGAUGGAACACGGGUCUUUACGGUUGGCGUCCUCGGGGAUGACGGGUUUGAGUUGAAGGGGACGAAGAAGGCUACCGAGAAUGAGAUUGAGAGGUUGAGGAGGCUUACUUAUGAUACCUUUGGGAAUGAUUAUAUGGGGAACGGACAUGGCGCUUAA